GGUUGAAGCGGGGUCGGGGACCCGCCGCUCGCGAUCACAUCUCUCCGCUGGUAUCUGUCCGCUCGGCGCUCGGCCACCAUGGCUGUGCUGGCGGCGCUUCUGCGCGGUGGCGCCCGCGGGCGCAGACCCCUGCUUCGGAGGCAGAUGCAGGAAAUAAGAUAUGUGGAACGAAGUUAUGUAUCAAAACCCACUUUGAAUGAAGUGGUCAUAGUAAGUGCUGCAAGAACACCCAUUGGAUCCUUUCUAGGCAGCCUUUCCUCUCUGCCAGCCACUAAACUUGGUUCCAUUGCAAUUCAGGGAGCCAUUGAAAAGGCAGGGAUUCCAAAAGAAGAAGUGAAAGAAGCAUAUAUGGGUAAUGUUCUACAAGGAGGUGAAGGACAAGCCCCUACAAGGCAAGCAGUACUGGGUGCAGGCUUACCUAUUUCUACUCCAUGUACCACUGUAAACAAAGUUUGUGCCUCAGGAAUGAAAGCCAUCAUGAUGGCCUCUCAGAAUCUUAUGUGUGGACAUCAGGAUGUGAUGGUGGCAGGUGGGAUGGAGAGCAUGUCCAAUGUUCCCUAUGUAAUGAACAGAGGAGCAACACCAUAUGGUGGCAUAAAGCUUGAAGAUUUGAUUGUAAAAGAUGGGCUAACUGAUGUCUACAAUAAAAUUCAUAUGGGCAACUGUGCUGAAAAUACUGCAAAGAAGCUGAAUAUUGCACGAGAUGAACAGGAUACUUAUGCUAUUAACUCCUAUACCAGAAGUAAAGCAGCAUGGGAAGCUGGAAAAUUUGGAAAUGAAGUUGUUCCUGUCACAAUUACAGUAAAAGGUAAACCAGAUGUAGUGGUGAAAGAAGAUGAAGAAUAUAAACAUGUUGAUUUUAGCAGAGUUCCAAAGCUGAAGACGGUUUUCCAAAAAGAAAAUGGUACAGUAACAGCUGCCAAUGCCAGCACACUGAAUGAUGGAGCAGCUGCUAUGGUUCUGAUGACUGCAGAUGCAGCCAAGAGGCUCAGUGUUAAACCACUGGCAAGAAUAGCAGCAUUUGCUGAUGCUGCUGUAGAACCUAUUGAUUUUCCAGUUGCACCUGCAUAUGCUGUACCUAAGGUUCUUAAAGAUGCAGGAUUGAAAAAAGAAGAUAUUACAAUGUGGGAAAUAAACGAAGCCUUUAGUGUGGUCGUACUAGCAAACAUUAAAAUGCUAGAGAUUGAUCCCCAAAAAGUGAAUAUCAAUGGAGGAGCUGUUUCUCUUGGACAUCCAAUUGGGAUGUCUGGAGCCAGGAUUGUCGUCCAUUUGGCUCAUGCCUUGAAGCAAGGAGAAUAUGGUCUUGCCAGUAUUUGCAACGGAGGAGGAGGUGCUUCUGCCAUGCUGAUCCAAAAGCUGUAGACAACUUCUGUUGUCUAAGGCAACAACCCCAUGUAGCCAGAAAGGCCUGCUGUAAUCAGGGUGACUGAUUACCCUGGGUCAGCUUGUAUGAAAAUAAUCUGUUUCACUUUUUAUUAUUUUCAACUCUUUUUAAAAAAAUAAGAUAAAAAAUCAAAUCCCCAAACCUUUUGAGAUUACACAGUAAUUUUUUCUUCUAAUUUACAUUGUUUCUAAUCUUGAGCACAUUUUUGUUAUAAGGCUGUACUGUUUAAAAUACCACUGUGCAAUAUUAGUGACUUAUAAGUAGCUAGAAGCUUCCACCUUAGAGAAUAAAUCUUAUUUUACAUUUUUGAGGACUGUUAAAGAUUAAGUGAAUGUUAUCUAUCACUAAUUUAGAUUUAAUAGACCCUUCAAAGCAAGAGCAGUUAUUCUGUGCAAACUAGGAAUGCCUCAUAUCAUUAGUCAAGAAGCCAAAGACUGUAGUGUUGCUAGAAACAGGAGGAACCCACGUGCUCAGGUCUGAAGUGGGUGCAAUUUCUCAUAACCUCAUCAUUCAGAAUUUGUUUGGGCGUGGGGGUUAGGGUUUUUGCUCUGAAUUACUACAGUAGCACAGAGAGUGGGAAAGAAGGUGGAAACUAAACUGCUCAACUGAAUGGAUUUCUGAAGGGAAGAGAUCGCCACUUUCAUUAUGCCACAAUACCUGUUCUUAAGCAGAAGAAAAUGCAGCACAAGUAUCUUGAGUUGCAUCUCAUCUAGAAAAAAAAAACACUGUAGGCAGGGGCUAUGCACACCAACCUCAGCUGCAGUUCUGAGAAGGGAAACCUGUUUAAGUUGAUGUUGACAAUAGUUGGGGAGUAGAGAGGACAGAAAAGUGGUAUUACAUAUAUCUCAUGGCAAAUAAUUCAGUGAAUUAUUCAGUGAAUCCUUAUCGUUGAAGGAAAAAAAAAGAUAACAUGGAAAAAAAUUGUUCUUAAGAUUCAAAGACUACUUUCAAAAAUAUCUGUAUAGUAAUUACAGCUCCCUUUUGCAGCUCAUUAUGUGCUAAGUAGUGUCCUAGAGUCUUUAUUUGUAUUAACUCCUUUAAUCCUCACAAAAACUCAAUAGGGUAGGUACCAUUAUUAUCCCUCCUAUAAAAAUAAGGAAAUUGAGGCAUGGAGUGGUAAAAUAAAUUCUCAAGGUCAAAUACCUCGUGAGUAGCUGAGAUGGAUUCAGUUCCAGGCAGUCUUACUCCAGAGCCCAAGUUCUUAACUCAGUAUGUUUGGCUUCUCAGUCUCAGAUAAGUAGCUGCCCUAACUGUAAGAGGAACUGGGUAAAAUACAUGGGAAAAAAAAAAAA